AUGAACUGUAAAUGGAAAACUCGCUGUGUGGAGACACGUCGUGGUGGCGCAGCCUGCGUUGAGGCUGAUUGCGAUGGUAAAGUUGAAGGUGGUGGUGAAACUGGAUAUGAUGGCAAAGAUGAGUUUGAAUGUGUAGAGAGUCAUGGCAAAGGUGAUGGUGAGGGUGAUGAUGAAGCUGAGGGUGGUGUUGAUGCUAAGGGUGAGAGUGGUGAUGCGGGUGAGGGUGUGGGUGAUGAUGAAGCUGAGGGUGGUGUUGACGCUAAGGGUGAGAGUGGUGAUGCGGGUGCGGGUAAGGGUGAUGAUGAAGCUGAGGGUGGUGUUGACGCUAAGGGUGAGAGUGGUGAUGCGGAUGAGGGUGAGAGUGGUGAUGCGGGUGCGGGUAAGGGUGAUGAUGAAGCUGAGGGUGGUGUUGACGCUAAGGGUGAGAGUGGUGAUGCGGGUGAGGAUAAGGGUGAAGCUGAGGGUGGUGUUGACGCUAAGGGUGAGAGUGGUGAUGCGGAUGAGGGUAAGGGUGAUGAUGAAGCUGAGGGUGGUGUUGACGCUUAA